AUGGGAAACGGAGUUCUCCAUUCAAAGCACCAAAAACGCGCCAAGCCCACGCCUCCCUCCCCCUCCAUUCCCCGGUUGGUGGGAGAGAAGCCAAGGGGGAGGGGAGUCCUUUUCUCCCCUCCACGUGCACCCCCUCGGCCCGCGCCCCCCCAAGUCCCCGCGCAGCCUAGAGGUCCGCGGCGGAGGAGAAAGGGGGGCCCCCCGCUCCCCCGCUCAAGUGCACUCUUGCCACUCGGUGGCUCUCAAGUCCCGCCCGCCCCGUCCCCCCCACCCCGGUCCCCUCCCACCCGGCAGUCAACCCUCCCCGCUCCCGGCGGCCCCCACGAAGGUCCCCGCUUCUGCCCGCACCCGGCCCUCGCAGGUGGCACUCGCAGCGACCCCGCGCCGCCCAGCCCGCUCCCGGCGCCCGCGCCACACGUCCCCCGAGCGCUCCGGGGGCCGGGGCGAGCGCUGCCUGCCGCCGAGCCCGAGGAGGAAGAGAAGCGGGGGGGGGUGUGGAACGCGUCCCGGCGACUCCUCGGGGCCGCGGGCGCACGUCUCCCCCGAGCGCCCCCGCGUCCCGACGGCGCGGGCCACUGGCCCGGCGGCCACCACUUGAGGAGCGCUCCGUCCCCUCGGCCCUCUGUCCGAAGCUAUAUCCCUGGGAAAAGCCCGCCCCUCCGCCUUUAA